AUGCUCAUUCUGGCUUUCGAGGCUCCGCAUUGGGCUCAAUAUAUGGAUCAAACCCAUGCCGGUCGCUCUUUGGAUGCAUACGUUGCUUCCUUCUCUCGUCAUCUCUCUUCGCUACUGGGUGGUGUUGCUUUUACCAAACAUAUUUUGCCCCGUCGUUUUGGAUACAUUUUGUUUUGUGGUGUUGAUCUGGAGUGGAUGGGCGGGCGGGCUGGCUAA